AUGAGGGAUCCGUAUAUCCUGAUCGUACUUCACGUGCCAGCUCCCAGCGAACAGAGCAGGACUGCCUACAAGACGCCCAGACUGCCCUACCUCCCCACCCCCCAAACUCCUGUCUCACUCCUCAUCCGCAUACCACAAGACCACCCACGCAUAGGCAUGUCCUCCGCCAACCCCACUCCAAACCUCCAUCUAUCCCUCACCACGUCCUCGUUCCUCACGACCUUAACAACCGGACUGCUGACCUCCUCACAGUAA